UCCAACCCAACCCAUAGGAAGAUCACUCUACUCACUCAAGGACGCGCCCCCCAAUACACACUUUGCAGGAGAGAGAGAGAGAGAGAGAGAGAGAGAGAGAGAGAGAGAGAGAGAGAGAGAGAGAGAGAGAGAGAGAGAGAGAGAGACAUGCAGGUACUAACGGGAGGUGGGGAGGGAAGCGCAGUCGUUGCUGGCCGUCGGGACACCAGGAGAACAGGAGGGGAUGUGUUGUUGUUGUGCCGAUGGCUUUCUUUCUUCUUCCUCUAAGAACUCGCCACUUCCUCCAAACGGAGACGCAGGUGUAGCCUCUUUAGCCUCCCUCCACCCUGCUGCUACCUUUCCCAGUUUUCCAUGCGCCGCGCCUCUCCUUUCAAGUCACCAAAGGAGGAUUUUACGCGCCGGAGUGGGAAGAAAUAACACCAUGUUAAAUGAAAUGUGGCGCGUGUCUUUUGAGCGCCGUACGUUACCGCGGCUGUGAAUGUGAAGCCGGGUCUGCACCCAGCACAGAUGACUUGAACCGGGCGGCAGAGGCGGUUGCAACUACAGCACUUGUUCCAUAAAGAGAAGACUCAUUGAUAACCAUGGCUGACCAGUACAGUAUGUUUCUCACUACGGCGGCCCCCCUCCGCCGCGGGAGCACACCCCUGCCUGUCAAACACCAGCUGCGGAGGGAAGAGGCCGUGUCCGAGGACUGCGAUUGGAUCCCGGGCUUGGAGGAGCCUGCCACAUUGCCUAUCAGUGACACAGCGGUGCCUCGAGAUGAAUCCUUCAGCCAAUCAGCAGCCACCCAGUCAGCUUACCACAGCCAUGGCGGGGCACUGAGGAUAGUGCUCCUGGGACAGAAUGGCGUGGGCAAGUCGUCGCUAGCCUUAUCUCUGGCUGGGCAGUCGGACAGAUCCCUCUCCAUAGACUCUGAGACACAAGCAUGUGGUGAGGGCUACGAGUGCACAGUGACAGUCGACGACGAGGACAGCAAAGUCAUAUUCUUCGACAACUGGAAACAAGACCUGUCCACUCUGCAGUGUGAUGUGUGCAUCCUCGUAUUCUCAGUGACUGACAGGCGAAGUUUCCACCGCACCGCCCAGCUCCGCCUCCUCCUCAGGGAGUCCCAGCCACAGACACCAAUCAUCCUAGUGGGCAACAAGAGCGACCUUGUCCGCUCCCGUGAAAUCAGCUCAGAUGAGGCCCAAUCCAGCGCCAUGAUGUUCGACUGCCUCUACAUGGAGCUCUCAGCCUCCCUGGACCAUGGCACCAAUGAGCUGUUGGAGGCCGCAGUUCGGACUGCGAGGGGCGACUGCGUAGGCCCCGGCUGGACCGACGGGGACCCCGGGGCAGGCCGCAGGGAGAGCCUGACCAGCCGGGCCAAGCGCUUCCUGGCGGGUCUGGUGCCACGCUCGUACGGUCGGGACCGGGACCGGGAUCGGGGGCGCUACCGGGAAAUGAGCCGCCACCGGGGCAGCAAGAUCCUCCGCCAGAAGUCCCGCUCCUGCCACGACCUCAGUGCACUGUGACACACACACACACACACGCAUGCAUACAUAAGGGCAAAGAGACACAAGCCCACACAUGUACACACAUGUACACACACACAUACACACACACCAGAUUGAAGGUUAUUAGGGAUGGGCAGGUGCAAAAGAUGGAGGAGGACAAGCGGGUAAAAUGGAAGAUAGUUGGGAAGGAAGACUAAAUAUAGGGACUAGAAGGAUAUGAAGGAGACUUGGACAAUUAGAGAUAAAUUUAGCAAUGGCGGAUAAAAGAAAAGGGAGAAAAAGCCUAGAUCAGCCUGGAUCACAGCACUGAACUUUCAUCUUCUCCCUCUUAGUGAAACCAAUUUUGAGAGAGAAGGAGGCCAGGUUGGAGAGGAAAAACAGAGAAACAGAUAAGGAGGUGAGCAGCAUGGGUGAAUCAGCGAGCACUCAUUACCUGAUGAGAGCAGGAGAGAGAAAAUUAGUGACAAUGCAUAGAGCCAUGCUAAUUAGACGUGUGGUAAAACGGGAGGGUGAUGGGUGGUGGGUGGUGGGGGGGGGCACAAAUAAACACACAACGAAGUAGCACGCACUGAUUAUGUAGAGACUGAUAGGAAUCUAAUGUAUACCUAUUGUAAACCCUGUUUUAUAGCAUGCCGAGUAGACGAUCUAAGACAUGACCCUGUAGGUUUUACUGGAUUGACUGUACCUCAGUGGCCAAUAGCUAAUGCACAAUCUAGCUAGUGUCUCUAGCAAUGCCAUCUCAAAGGCAAGACCCUUUAUUUGUAACAAAAAAAACCACAAAAAAACGCUCCUUCUCUGCGCAUUUUCUUUUCCUUUUGUCUCCAGUAACUGAUUUGAAGAAGUGUUACCACCAAUGGCAUACGUUCAUCUGUGAUUUUUAUACAAGGAUAAAAACAUCAGCCAAGCCAUAUUUCUGCUGAACGCAUUAUGAGCGAUCAGCACAAAGAACCCUUUACCGUAGGAUGUGGAGUGAAAGGAAAAACAGUCAAAAUAGCUACAAGCAGGGAUGACCAGACUGAACUUUUCUUCAAUAGAAGCUGAGUCACAGAACGCUGGGAUGUUCUUGAAGCACAGGAGGACAAACAAGAGAAAACCUAAUCUACCUGUGGCUGUUUGAUGUUUCCAUUUUUCUCUUUUUAUCCACUGGCAUUAUUGUGUGUGUUGAGACUGGAUUCUGUGGGGGCUGGCCACACAGGUGACCCAAAAGAGAACGUUCUGGAAACGUUGUUCGGAUAUCUCGCCAAGCGUGGCGACGUCACUGACACAUACGCACUCGUUUGUCACCGUCUACUGAGCACUCUCAUCUUUCCACUGAGAAUAAAUCAAUUUUUGUUUGACGUCCUGAA